AAUUGAGUGUCUCGUCAACUAAGGUACAUACCUAGCUGAUGGACUUCACCCCUUGAGCGUGGACCAUCUCGGCGCUAGUACCUGCCAAGGCCGGGCAGGUUCGGUUUGUUCGGUUUCUCCCACUCAAAACUCCUGAACUCAACUUGGUAGCUCCAGCUUUUCCCCGAGCUCCUGCAGGCCAGAGCUUGUACUCUGCCUCGGGCAACACUCCGCACCCAGCCGAACACCUCGAUAUGCCUUAACCCGUCUCAUUCGCCUCGCUGAGAAUGCAUCGCGAGAGACGAGCCCAGCAGAGAUGACGGUGACGAUGGUAUCCUCCGCCUUGAGGCGAUCGACUUCACAAUUUUCUACGAGCAUCAGACAUUUCUCCUGCUCAGCUUCCAAAGACGCAUCAUGGGGUUUUAUUGGCCUUGGAGCCAUGGGCUACCCGAUGGCGAAGAACCUGCGAGCCAAAAUGCCCGAAGGUGAUACAUUCACCGUCUUCGACGUCAAUCAGACUUCCUUGGACAACUUUUCAAAAGAGGCUGUACCAACCGGCGUGACCAUUGCAAAGAGUCCGAGAGAAGUGGUAGAAAAUGCUGAUACUAUCGUAACAGCUCUGCCAGAGCCUCGUCAUGUCAAAGGAGUCUUCGAAGAAGUCCUCGCGUCAUCACUACCAAAGCCACCCACGGAAAGCUCAAGACUCUUCAUAGACGUUUCGACCAUCGAUCCUACCACAUCACGCGAAGUCGCGAAGUGGGUAAAAGAGAAGGACGGUGCGAAGUUUGUGGAUGCCCCCAUGUCUGGUGGUGUGGUUGGCGCACGAGCUGGCACGUUGACCUUCAUGGUUGGUGCAGAAAAGGAGGACCUUACUAAGAUUACAGAAGUUCUGCUUCUUAUGGGAAAGAAGGUCUGGCAUAUGGGACCCCAAGGCACUGGUCUCAGCGGCAAACUGGCGAACAACUAUGCAUUGGCUAUCAACAAUAUCGCUUGCGCCGAGGCUAUGAACUUGGGUCUGAAAUGGGGUAUCAAAGGCAAGGCUCUGGCUGAUCUUCUGAAUUCCGCAACGGGCAGAAGCUGGCCGAGUGAAAUCAACAACCCUGUACCUGGAGUCAUUGAGGCAUCACCAGCCAGCAAAGAUUAUGCCGGAGGCUUCGGAGUCAGUUUGAUGAACAAGGACCUGCGACUUGCCAUGUCUGCUGCGUCAGAAGCUGGAGCCAAGCUUGUACUGGCUGAGAAGGCCAAAGAGGUUUACGACGAGACUGAAAAGGUGCACAAGGGCAAGGACUUUUCAGUAGUAUACAGGUGGCUCGGUGGUAAAGAAUAAGAGACUGGUCUCCAUUGACAUACACAUUGAAUUUCGGUGAUAAUAGUGGUAUACCACACGUCUUUCUCCGCGUUCGCGAGUAUCUGUCUCCACAUAAUUGGAGGGAACGAAUAAUGAUGAUUACAGUCCACCGCA